AAACGAGCUGAACUUGCGAUAUCCCGCACGGAACCAUGCACGACGACGUACAGACAGCAAAUUGAGCCACGGCAACCACCUGCAUGACUGCCACAGAUCUUCCCCGGCCUGUGCUAUGCACACUCAAAUCAUGGGCAUGGCCUCUGCUCCUCGCUACUCUGCCCAACCCAACGGAGCUUCCAGUGAGCAGGACGGCAUCCCCGUCGUCGACUUGGCCGUCCUCCUCAACGGCGACGCCGGCGAACGGUCGCAGGCGAUCCGGCACCUCGGCCGGGCGUGCCAAGACUGGGGCUUCUUCAUGGUGACCAACCAUGGGGUGCACGAGGCUCUCCAGAGCGCGCUCAUGGACGCGUGCAAGGAGCUGUUCGGCCUACCACCGGAGCAAAAGGCGGAGUUCAUGGACGCCGGCCCGAUGGACCCCGUCCGCUUCGGCACGGGCUUCAACUCCGCCGUCGAUGGCGCCAGGUACUGGCGGGACUACGUCAAGAUGUUCGCGCACCCCGAGCUCCACUGCCCCGCCAAGCCCGACACCCUGCGGGGCGUGGCCGCGGAGUACGCGGCGCGCACCAGGGGCCUGCUGCUGGAGCUCACGGCGGCCAUCUCCGAGAGCCUGGGGCUCGAAGGCGGCCGCAUCGCUGAGCGCCUCGACCUGGGGUCCUGCUUCCAGAUCCUCGUCGGCAACCAUUACCCACCUAGCGGUGGCCCCGACGACGAUGGGGCAGUCGGGCUGCCGGCUCACUCUGACCACGGCCUCCUCACUCUGCUCUUCCAGAACGGCGUCGAUGGCCUCCAAGUCAAGCACGACGGCCGGUGGCUCCUCGCAGAGCCCAUCCCCGGCGCAUUCUUCGUCAUCGCCGGCGAUCAGCCGGAGAUUGGGAGCAAUGGAAGGUACAAGGGUGUGCUCCACCGCGCACUGGUCGACCGCGCGCAGGCGAGGAUGUUGUGCGUGAGCCUGAUCGGGCCGUGCCUGGACGCCGUCGUCGAGCCAGUGCCGGAGCUAGCCGUGGCACCCCUGCGCCUGGAGUACAUGGGCGUCGAGUACAGGGACUACAUGGAACACCAGCAGAGUAACAAGCUCAACGAGAAGGGAGCGCUGGACCUCGUUCGGGUGCAGACUGCAGAAACGCUUGGCAAUUUUUGAAAUUACUAAAGCAUGAUUCCUCAGGUUAAAAUGCUCAAGUUGACCAAAAAUUCCGUGUCCAUAUUUGUUUUAUUUUUGCAACCGACCGGACCUCUGGCUUUUCAUCAUUAAGAAGAAGAGAAUUGACUAGCAGUAUCAA